AUGACGUGGUACAAGAGUCUACCCGAUGAAUCCAUCACGUCAUGGAAGGUGCUCGGAAAGCUUUUCUCCAGGAACUUCACGGCCUCUCGCAGACACCCCAAGUCAGAAGCCUCCCUAGAAGCCAUCAUUCACGAGAAAGACGAAUCCCUCCGAGCCUACAUAGAGAGGUUCAACAAAGAGGCCGUGCAAGUGUCCACGACUGCCCACAUGAAGAAGUUCUUGCUCGAACGAGGUCUCCGACCAUGUUCAGAUUUCGCCAAAGCCGUUGGGAUCGAGACGCCCGCCAUUUUGAACGAAUUCUUCCUCAAAGCCCAAGCAUACAUACAAUACGAGGAAAACGAAGCUGCUCACGCAGUCCGUACCUUCAAGCAGGAAGAAAAUACUAAAGGUGCCCGUCAAGAAGAUUCUCGCCAGGGAUCCGACAAGAAGAAAGAAGAUAAAGCUUGGGAUCAUAAGGACUACAAAGCCCCAGCGGGAAAAUUCUGGGAGUACACCCCGCUGAACGCAUCCAAGGAGCGCAUCUUGAACGAAUGCGCGAACGCCGAAUUUCAAACAGGCAAAGUCCAUUUCCCAAAGUCCAUGCCUGCACGGCCAAAUGUCGACAAAUAA